AUGGAUGUCGACAUUUACCAGGAUGAGUACCAAACAAGGGAUCUUAUUCGUGACGAGAAGACUAAUUUCGUUCAGAACGAACUCGUUUUUCAAAACUCCUUAAACUGCUCCGGCACUCGUUUACUAUUGUGUGGUGCUGAUGGAAGGCUAUCGAUUUGGAACCUUAAGGAUAACGGACAGUGGCAAUUAGCUGCCCAAUGGGAGGUUCAUGGGUCACCAGUAGUUGAAGGAACAUGGGCACAUCCUGAGUUUGGAGAUUUAAUAGCAACACGCUCAGCUGAUAAAAGUGUUUAUAUAUGGCAAGAGAUUCCUUCUAGCGGAAAAUCUAACAAGAAAUGGAUGAGAAAAGCUUUCAUUCCUGAUAGCACAGACACAGUGACUUCCUUCGCUUUUGGGCCACGCCAUCUUGGAUUAGUACUGGCAACAGCUAAUGUUAGAGGAGAGGUUCUCGUUUACGAAGCAAUAAACCCAAUGGACACAUGCCAGUGGAAGCUCAUACACAGCCUUCAGCCAUUUUACGCAAGAUGCAGUAGCAUUAGUUGGUCUUCUUCUCCAGUUCACAAAGUCUUAUUAGCUGUUGCGACGGACGAUUCGAAACUAAAAAGAGAUCAACGGGUCAUAGUUUACGAAAUGAAUGAAACAUUAAAGAAGUUUCAACAUCUACACAACAUACGCUUGGAUUUGCCGGGCCCCGUUUUUCAUCUCAACUUCUCACCCAUCAUUACUCAAAAUGGACAUGAGUUGGUUGUGUCCGCUGGCGAAGUUUUCGUUUUUAAUUUGCGGUUAAAACUCGACGAAGAUGAAACUGAGACAGAAUUGCCCGAAACUUCGGAUAUUUCAGCUCUCAAGAUUUGCUCGUUGGGACUUGGAGGCGUUGGUGAUAAAUGGAAAUGCAAGUUUCUAGUCGACGGAAACACAAUCAUUGCCUCAAAUUCUUCCGGAGUUAGGAUUUUUAGAUCGAACUUGAAACAAAAAUGGACACAAGUAGCUCAAGUAAAUGCUGACACAGUCACAAAGAACAUAAGCAAAUGCCAUUCAACCAAAGGUGCUUCCGGCGAAGAAGACGAUGGGCCAGGAAUCAUUCCUGCCGUCGAAGAUUUGGCUUAUUAA